AUGACAAGUAAUCUUGUCUCUGUAGAUUAUGAAGUUUAUGGGCAAGUUCAAGGUACAGACUACAAAAAUACAGUAGAAACAGCUACCAAACAAGGAUGUGUUGGUUGGGUAAGAAAUACUCACAGGGGUACAGUAGAGGGAGUUGUACAAGGCCCUAAAGAUAAGAUAAACUUUAUGAAACAUUGGUUGCAAAAUGUUGGCAGUCCCUUUUCAACAAUAGAAAAAUGUGAAUUUAAAAAUGAAAGGAAUAUUUCAUCUGUGGAAUUCCAAAGGUUUUUUGUGAAAUGA